AUGUGGGCGACGAUCAUGUCCUCGAGCAGGACUGCGGAGCCGGCGCUGCAGAUCCUCCUCGAUGUGCUGAGCGCCUGGCCAGUGCACAGCCUGUACACCUCCGAUGGGGACGACACAGGAGUCUUUGCCCUGGCUGCAACCAUGACACUGUGGCAAGUCUUCAAUCUGACGGGGUGCCCACCUGUAGUGCUGGAGUAUUUCCCCAGUCUCUUCCUGCGUCUGCUCUUCCAAGCUUACAUCAGCACGCAGGAUAUGCCAGAAGAGGUUGAUACCUUCUGGACGGGUUGCCAGGAGCAACACGGCCUCGCUGCCAACCCCAACAGCUUUGCCCUGCAGACCCUGAAGGCCCUGCUCUGCCGAAUGCGCUACGAGCACGUGGUGGUGGCAAUGGAGCGCAAGUGUGCCUGGGACACGCUGCUCUGUGCCGACACCCACCACUAUGCAGUGGGUCUGCUGGCCAGGGAGAUGCGCCGUGUCUCCUUCAUCUGGUGUUGCAGCAUCGCCUCCUGCCUCUUUGACCUGCUCAGCGAAGACAUUUCAGACUGGGAACUGCCUGCCCUGGCCUUCUUCGUGGAGGUCCUGGAUUGCCUGGACUUGAGUGAAUGCGGUGCAAACGUGCUGGAGAUCAUGACGAGGCACCUGCACAGCGAGUGCAGGGAGAUGCGUCGCGUGGCGCUCAGAGGCCUCGUGGUGCUCGCCUCACUGAAUCAGAACGUGUACAGCCUGACUGAAAGCCUUGUGCACCUACUGCGGGAUGCGGAUGAAGACGUCGUUGAGAUGGCCAUGAUCGUGCUCAGCUUUCUGCUCUUGCACAAAGACCUGGCCAUAGCCAGCCCCAUCGCCCUGCAGCUGGCUGCGGCGCUCUGGCCGCUCUUUGACAAUGACAACGGCCUUGUGCAGCAGCUCUCCAUUCGCCUCUACCAAGUGGUGAUGGAAUCGGUCGUGGCAAAGGGGAAAAAGGCCCUGAAGAAGCACGUGAGCCAGAGCCUGCUCCCGCUCUUCUUCCACUGCCAUGAUCAGAACUGGCGUGUGGCACAGGCCUCUCGGGAAACGCUGCUCUUCCUUGCAAGCUGGGGCAGUUUGGGUGCUGGCGGUGACGCGGCCACGCCACUGUGCUCGGUGCAUGCAACGGGCCAGGACGGGACCGAGCCCUGCUGUGAGGAGCCCCCACACAGCAACUCGUUCCUUGCUGACCCGGAGCUUUUCCAGGGCGUUCUCUGUGCAGGUGACCUCGAGGCCAGGCUGCGGGACUCGGUGACGCGGAGCAUUUCCGAAGCGUCUGCCGUCCCUGCGGCCGGUGCCCUCGAGGACAAACUGCGGGACUGA